AUGACAUACAACCCAAUGUUCGCUGCCGAGCCCUUUGAGGAGUCUCAAGGCCAGGAUGCAAAGUUGGCGUCACCGGAUGAUUCGUCGUUGAAAGCCUUUUAUGAGGACAUGGAGAAACGUGAAAGGCUUGAAAGAAAGGCGUCGUCUGCUAAGCGAAAAUCCCAGGGCCACCUUUUCUCUCGUAAAUCGGUUAAACGUUCAAGCAAAACCGCAGCGACGAGUCCAGCGCCCGAACCAGGACCAUCAUUAAACUCGACAACGACGAUAACUGCUUCGAAACUGGUUGGAAAGCAGCCGGAACAGAAGCAAGAUGCUGGAGAAAUGGAUACGUUGGAACAGAAUGAGAAGAACGAUUCGGUUACCAGUCUUCCAACUACGUCAAUCAUACCCGAUGCUUUGAAAGAGCUUCCUGCAUGGUACAGUAAAGAAGAUUGGUCUUCGACCCCGUCGUUCAAAGUCAGAUUCCCCAUUCACAAUCCUGUUGGUCCUCGCUACUACCGGAACCACCAUCUCAUUCCUCCUUCAGUGUACCGACCCGGUGCGCGUCCACCGUCCAUUUUCUCACCUUCCUUUCCUGCAAUGGGUACCAGCUCAAUGCCAGAGCGUCUCGAUGAUGCCACACGGCUUCCGGUUCCAAGUAGGACACCAUCGCAUUCGCCGCUUCCUACUCCAAGUUCUUCGCAGACACGUGUGGCAGACUUGGGUAUUAAACCUCGAUCUCGAAAAACUUCCCAAUCAGCUCACGAUAACGUUGACCUGUUAGAUGUCUCUGAUCCUUGGGGGACUAACUGGCAUCAUGAGUCUCCCUACGACAUUGGCCUUGCGAGCAGUGGUCCUAUUGCUGCGGAUGUCGAUCCUUCUCGCUCUCGUCGCUCGAGUAUAACAACGCCAGCUAGACGCAAAACAGUGACUCCAUCUCCUCUAUCCCAGUCUACCUCUGCCAUCCAUUUGCAGGCCCCUCUCACAGAAGGAUCUCAUAUGCCUAGGAAAUUGAGCAAGCGUCGUGGCUUGUCCGGUAUAUUUGGCAGCUACGGUAAAACGACCUCACAUUCAUUACCCACCUCGCCUGUAGCUGAUAUUUUAUCACAACCACAUCCUCCUCGCGAUGAGAAGUCGAAGAGGGCAUCCACUAUGCCACCUGUCCCUCCCUCAUCGCACAGGCCUAUAUCUGCUAUCAAGAAAGACAGAAGAGGUAGCAUAAUUGGACGUCUCACCAAACGCUUCAGCGUGACAAGGAAACAGUCGAGCACUGUGGAUCAUGAAAGCCUUCCGCACACAGAAGACCACUCCACUGAGAUGCGAUUGGCGUUCAACAAAUCCUCUGAAAAACUCUCAAAAAGAGUUCCGCCUCCUUCACUGGACAACAUUGAAGUCGACGAAAUCACAUUAAAGGCUAUCCAUGACCCUGAUCGGAGAUCUUCAAUCUCGGUAGAGGCUUCGUUUCCUGCCACGGGAAAGUUAAUGGUGGCUAAUCCGGAUGCACCGAGUUCGGAAAUCAGUACGCCUCCCCAAGUGGAUGCUCCUUUGCCAGUGCAUCAGGCUAAUACAUCUGAUUCUCAGCCAUGGCGAAGCGCGGACAAGCGCUCCUCUAGUGGACUUAGUCAACACGCGCCACUAGAUCCUUCACUUUCUGCCGUCAGCUAUUCCCCUCCUUUCCCUGCGCCGGCGCAAAAUCCUGCUUCAACAUCAUUCUCUUCAUCACCUUUGAACGGCCAUAUCUAUACUUCUGAUUCCGCUAAUGCAAUAAAGUCUCCACGUCAUGGUAGUGCCUCUGCUGGAUAUUCUGCUGGAUAUUCUCAGAGGCAAUCUUUAGAUGACAAUGUUUCACAUAUCCCUUCGGAAAGGGUGAUCAGUCCCAUCCCCUCGAACCACAGACGUUCGGAAGAACAUAGGCGGCCUCGCUCCCCCGAGCGUGGACCGCCACCACCUUCGUCAACCACUAAGCCAGUACCUCUUCCUGAUGUGUCAAUUGCUCCACCUCCUCCCUCAGCCACUACGAAGCCGAUUCCUCUGCCUAAGACUAUUGCCCCCCCUCCGCCUCCAGCUACAACUCAACCCAUUCCUGUUCCUCAUUCUGUUAAUGUGUCAUCGACUCCAAUAGCACAAAUACAAGACGAGUAUUUGACCCAUAGAGUUUCACAUCUUUCAGUCAGCCAAACCAUUGUAGAAGACUCCCCACUUUCUGCUGCAUCAAUGUUGGUCAAUCCUCCAACGCCCCAAAUCAACGAUGAGCUGGCAAUCCCCACAGAGUCAACUGCUUCUUCGGUACCUAGGCGAACCUCAUCACGAGAUCCUUCUCCCGGGAUCAGCUCGGUAACUACAAGAGAGACAGAGACAUUCAAACUUGUUCGAACCAAAUCCGGCAAUGUCCAAACUGCCUGUGAGAUAAUUCCAGCUGCUGGAGAACAGUGGGAAGUAGUGGAAGAGGUGGCUCACACAAGAAGGUCUAGUAAAUCCAAGGACCAGGAUAGGUCGGAUCGAGAUCACGGGGACACACGGGAGAAAGAUCGCGAUGCUCGCAAAGAGUCACGGAGACAGGAAAAGAAAUCUACCGAAGUGGACGCGGAAGGCAGCGAUCGGCGUGGAAAACCAAGCUCGAGAUCGAGUAGACAACAUUCAGUUGAUAAUGUCCCACAAACACAAAAAACAUACAGUAAUAAGGCUGUUGCACGUUCCAGUAGUAUGGAGAGUCGUUCUCCCGCUCCUGCUUCUAUGCGCGCGCAGGAAGAGACACGGUCAGGACGGACGCGAGAUGGUCAACGAAGUAAUAGGAAAAUCUCUGGAUCUCAUUCGGCUUCUCCUACCAAACCUUCUUCCUCUUCCUCCACUCGACCUCUAGAACGUGCCCCGUCAAAGUCAGCCCGACCAACGUCUGAAUUACCGUCUGCAGCAGAUCUCAAUGCUUUACGGGCGCGCGAAGCUUGGGAAAUGGAACGGCUGUACAAAGGUCAUAGCAUGUACGGAAUGGAGCCAAAUAAUGAAGCGGUCGCACCACCAAUGGCCAUGGCCAUGUCUGCUUCCUCGGUUCCAACUUCCACUGGUUCAAUUUUUCCGUCCACUACGAGCAAAAGCAAUGGGGCAACCCAUGGUUCAAGUCAUACCUCGUUUGUUGUUCAAAAUUUUGCUAGUCAGGGAUCCGCAACUCAUAUCUACCAUUCAAUGCCUACGCAACCUCCGCCAAUCAUAUAUGCCCCGUCGUCUUUGCCAGCUGGUCAUGUUGCCCCCGCGUCCAUCGCUUCCUCGCCGCCCCGAGCAUCAUCUUCAUCUUCUGCUCCAUCUCCUCCCCGAGCAUCACCUUCAACCACGACCACUCCUUCCGACUUGCUCAGUUUUAUUCGUCCGCCCAAUCCUCUCCCAGAGCCGCCUCGAGAAACACUCACCCCAUCUUUGGCACGUAUCUCGCAAACGUUCACGGAUAAUAGUAAUACUCCUAAAACUGAACGCCCCUCUGAAUAUUGGACAACGUUUGCUGAGGUUUCCGCUGCACGUUAA